GAAGGCGCUGCUUGGCACUACGUAGUUGCUCAGUGCCGCCAAUGCAAGUGCGAUAGUAUCUCAGACCUUGCAGCAUUUGAAAGACCGUUGCGAUGCAGAAGAAGGUUGCAACCUGUCAUGCAACCAGCUGGUGGUGGUGAAAGCCAUGAACCUUCUCUUUUUCUAGCGAACCACAUGCUGCACAAGCAGCUUUGCUUAACUUUAGGAACUCUUUUCAGUGGAUUUUCCUCACGUGAGCCUAGCGUACUUACAUAGCGACAUCAAGCACAUCAAUUGAGCAAGAAGCCUCCAACACUGGAGGCCCCAAAAGCUGUACGAUGAGAACCGAUUAAGGAUCCGAACAGAUAGUGAAAGCAGAGAUCUUGUUGGUGAAGUAGAGCGGAGCAAGAUGGACACAACUCAAGGUCAGCAAGCUGGCAGGACUGGCCCGGCCCCCAUUCGGCGGCUGGAUCAGGAGGUGGUCAACCGAAUUGCAGCAGGGGAGGUCAUCCAGAGGCCCUCUUCUGCUCUCAAGGAGCUGAUAGAGAACAGCCUCGAUGCUGGGGCGGCAGCAAUCAAUGUAGUCAUCAAGGAUGGGGGACUGAAGAUGAUACAGAUCACAGACAACGGACAUGGCAUCAGACCAGCGGACCUGCCGAUCCUCUGCGAGCGGCACACGACUUCUAAGUUGAAGGAGUUCGAAGACUUGCAGAGCAUCAGCACCUUGGGGUUUAGAGGAGAGGCGCUGGCGAGUAUCACUUUUGUCGCACAUCUGAGUGUUGUGACUAUGACAGCGGGGCAAACCCACGGUUACAAAGCCACAUAUAAGGACGGGGUACUGGAGGGGGAGCCCAAAGCUUGUGCUGCAGUCAAGGGAACACAAAUCACGGUCGAGAACCUGUUCUACAACGUGACAGCGCGCCGGAAAGCUUUCAAAAACGUGGGGGAGGAGUACAGUCGGAUCCUGGACGUGAUUAGCCGCUUUGCCGUACACAACGAGGGCGUCAGCUUCUCCUGCAAGAAGCACGGCGAGAACCGCGCAGACAUCCACACUCUCGCCGCGUCCUCCCGCUCUGAAAACAUCCGCUCCGUCUAUGGCUCGUCCGUCGCCCGCGAACUGAUCCCCAUCGAAACGUCCGACGACGACCCGGCCCGAUCGCGAUUCAAGAUGGGGGGCUGUAUCUCGAGCGCCAACUACAGCGCCAAGAAGACCAUCAUGGUUCUCUUCAUCAACAAUCGACUGGUGGACUGCAGCCCCCUGAAGAAGGCGUGCGAAGCCGUGUACGCAGCGAUCCUGCCAAAAGCCUCCAAACCGUUCCUCUACAUGUCCAUCACGCUGCCGCCAGAGGACGUCGAUGUGAAUGUGCACCCCACGAAACGAGAGGUCAGUUUUCUGAACCAGGAAGCGCUGAUCGAGGCCAUCCAAAAGGCCGUCGAGCAGAAGCUGCUCGAGUCGAACACGUCUCGCACGUACUACACGCAGUCCCUCCUGCCUGGAGUCGCCGCUCCCGCUCCAAAAAGUCCCGCCGGCGCUGACGAAGGGCCAUCACAAGCUGUAGCGGCCACUCAGAAAGCUCACCCCCGGAACAUGGUCCGUACGGACGUCCUCCAGCCGGUCGGCCAGCUGGACGCUUACGUCACCAAGCGGCUCGCAAGCGCGCGGGAAAGCCCUGACGAUCUGGCGGCCAUCAGGCGGACCGUCCGGCAGCGGCGCAACCCUGCGAUCGCGUCCGAGGCGUCCGAGCUGACGAGCAUUCAGGAGUUGCUGGAGGAAGUCAACGCCGGAGUGCACCAGGGGCUUUCCGAGAUCGUCCGCAGCAACACGUUCGUGGGGAUGGCGGACGAUACUUUCGCUCUGCUGCAGCACAAGACGAAGCUGUUCCUCGCAAACACUGUCAAGCUCAGCAAAGAGCUGAUGUACCAGCAAGUCCUGCGCCGCUUCGGCCAGUUCAACUGCAUCCGACUGACGCCGCCCGCGCCGCUUGAUCAGCUGCUGCUGAUCGCGCUGGACGAGGAAGAGGCCUUGGGACGGUGGCAGCCGAACGACGGGCCGAAAGAGGAGAUUGCCAAGGUGUUGAGCCAGCUGUUAGUGCUGAAAGCGGAGAUGCUGCGCGAGUAUUUCCGCAUCGAAAUUGACGCCAGCGGCGCACUGCACACCCUCCCGCUCGUGCUGGACCAGUAUUCCCCCGACCUGGACCGACUCCCGCAAUUUGCGCUGCGGCUAGGAAACGACGUCGAAUGGGACACCGAGAAAGAGUGCUUUCAAACCCUAGCCGCAGCUAUCGCCGAGUUCUACGCAAUCCAUCCCCCGCUCGUGCCUCGCCCCGACCCCUUUAGAACAAAGUCAGCCGGGAAGUCGGAACGGGGGGCCGCGGACUCACUAGAAAGCCCCCCCCUGGCGGAGCCGGGAACCGCCGGAAACCCGGAAGAAGGGCCGGAAGCUUUGGACGAGAUGAGCGGACAUGAAAGGCACCAGCAUGCGGCGGGGCCUUGUCAUUGUGGCGAUGAGCGAGAGGAGAGUGGUGGAGGUGAGAAAAGACGGGGCAACGGGGCCUCUUCACGGCAGGCGGCCGGGAACGGCGGGGAGGGGAUCCCCGGCGAAGGAACGAGCGGCGGGGGUGUCGAAUCUGGGCCUGGGCGAGGGGGGGGCGACGCGGCGUCCGUGUCUGAGAAGGAACCCUUGGAGGACGGCAACGAGCGGGGCGGGGAAGCGGGGCUGGCACUAGACGCAGGGCGGAACGGAAGUGAGCGGAAUGGAACGGAAAUGUGUAGGGCGGAAACGGAAGGGGACGACGAAGCUGCGGCGGAGGCAGUGUGGGCGGCGCGGGACUGGAACGUCCAGCACCUCAUGUUCCCGGCAAUGCGGUUGUUUCUGAAGCCGCAGAAGUUCAUGGCGACUGACGGGACCAUGGUUCAGAUUGCGAGCCUCGAAAAUCUGUAUAAGAUCUUCGAGAGGUGCUAGCAAAUGACAGCGUCGAGCGAGCUUGUCCGAUUAAACAUCUGGAAGCGAAGAGUCACAAGAGAUAAUAUUUGGAACUGGUUUUCUACUUGUCAACACAUGUGUACAUUGCUAAGAGGGACUCAUAACGCGUUGGCUCAUUCGCGAUCACUUCGGUUUUCC